CCUUUCUAUUCACCUUAACGUUCCCUCUCUCUUUCUCUCUCUCCCUCUCUCUCUCUCUCUGUAUUUGAUGUCUACCUGGAGCUACUACUAACCCCGAUCUUCUGCCAGACUGCGAGGUUCUUCAUAGGUAUACGGCGUGUGUGUGGACAAAUUUAAAUUUCUUGCGAAUCUCAAUGGGUUGUACCGCGAGAGAAAAGCACAUCCGGGCCAAUCGGAGGGCCCGAUCGGCAAAGCCCGACCCCGAUCACACCAAUUCAAUCGAGCCGGGUGCGAGGGCGUUGAAUUACCAACUGGGUUUCAACGAAUCAGUCCAGAACACAAACACUAACCCUGACCCCAACCCCAAUUUUGAUGAUAGCGGUUGGGGAUACUGUACCGAGGAGCAAUUAGAGGAAAUACUGUUGAAGAAUCUGGAGUUUUUGUACAAUGAGGCCAUUUCGAAGCUGGUUGGGUUGGGAUACGAUGAGGAUGUUGCCCUAAAAGCUGUAUUAAGGAAUGGACAUUGUUAUGGUGGAAUGGAUGUCUUGACUAAUAUCUUACACAAUGCUUUGGCUUAUUUGAGUAGUGGUUGUGGUGGUAAUACCAGGAAUUCUGAGGAUCCGGAGCUGAAUUUUGUUGAUUUGAGACAGUUGGAAGAGUAUUCUCUUGCAGCUAUGGUAUGUUUGUUACAACAAGUCAAGCCUCAUUUGACUAAAGGGGAUGCCAUGUGGUGUCUCCUAAUGAGUGAUCUUCAUGUGGGUCGAGCCAGUGUGAUGGAAAUUCCAGUUCUUCCCUCAGCUAAUAAUGCCAAGGGGUGUGGCAGUUCUGCUCCUAGUAAUGUAGAGAGUGUUGGUAACAAUCCAGUUGGCGUUGCCCCGGCAUUAUGUAGGUUCCAUGGAGGUUGGGGUUUUGGAAAUGGCGGUACUUUUGAAUUUCCUGUAAAUGGGAUGUUCUCGUGUGCAUCGGAAAUGACUUUUCAAAAAGAAAUUGAAUGUCCAAAAAGGUUCAAUCUUACUCCUUCUAUGAAGUCUCUCUUGAAGAGGAAUGUCGCAAUGUUUGCUGCUGGCUUUAGAGCAAACUCAAAACAGAUACAAAGGCCGUCUAAAGCUUGUGCCAGCUCUCUGUCAAGUGGAGAUCCCUCAUCUGCAGCUGUAUCAGGGCCAGAAGUCCUGAGUGAGCAAAAUGAAGAGCUCCCACAUUCAAAAAACCAAGAAGUUAAUUCAGUGUUGACUAAACUUCGUGAUUUGAAUCUUGAUGAGAAUAUGGAGUAUGUCCCAGAAGAUCAGAAAGAUGAGAUGAUUUUUAGCUUAAUUCAACAAAUUAAGGAUCUUGAGAGACAGGUGAAAGAGCGCAAGGAGUGGGCCCACCAGAAGGCAAUGCAAGCUGCAAGGAAACUGAGUAAUGAUCUUACUGAGCUGAAGAUGUUAAGGAUGGAAAGAGAUGAGACACAAAGACUGAAGAAGGGAAAGCAGACCCUUGAGGACACAACUAUGAAGCGGCUUGCAGAAAUGGAAAAUGCUUUAAGGAAGGCAAGUGGUCAGGUGGAUCGUGCAAAUGCAGCUGUGAGGCGGCUUGAGACGGAGAAUGCGGAAAUUAGAGCAGAGAUGGAGGCUGCCAAGCUAAGUGCAUCAGAGUCAGUUAAAACUCGUGAGGAGGUUGCAAAGCGGGAGAAAAAGUGCCUGAAGAGGCUUGUGGCUUGGGAGAAGCAGAAAACAAAAUUGCAGGAGGAAAUAGCUACAGAGAAACAGAAGAUAUCAGAAUUGCAGCAGCAGUUGGUUCAGAUUGAGACAGCUCAGAAGGAGGCUAAGGUAAAGUGGAGGCAGGAGCAGAAGGCCAAAGAGCUAGCCUCAGCCCAAUUGGAGGAGGAAAAGCGCCUCAAGGAAGCAACUGAGGCUAAUAAUAAGAGAAAGGUUGAGGCAUUGCGCUUGAAGAUAGAGAUAGAUUUCCAGCGUCACAAGGAUGAUCUUCAAAGACUUGAACAGGAACUGUUGCGGCUUAAAUCUUCUUUGCAAUCCACUGAGCUGCAUCGUCAAUCCGAGGGCAUAUCGCCAGCAAAUUCUGAUGGGACAAAACCCCAUGGUGAAACUAUUGCAAGGCUGCUUCAUGAAUUGGAUAAAUUGGAGGAUUCUUCAGAAGAAGAAGUUGGCCAUGGUAGAGAGUGCUUAAUUUGCACGAAAGAGGAAGUUUCUGUUGUAUUUCUGCCGUGUGCUCAUCAAGUGCUGUGUGCCAGUUGUAACAAUGAUUAUGGAAAGAAGGGAAAAGCUACAUGCCCAUGCUGCAGGGUACCAAUUGAACAGAGGAUCCGUGUGUUUGGUGCAAGCUUGUAGACAUGUCUUGAGUACAAAAAUCGUGUUCUCACAAUGCUCUGACAGACAAAAUAUGCAGCUUCUCCAACUGGGCUGCGGCUCCUAAACUCUGGCUUCUUGAUAUUAUUCUUUUUCAUUGUUGUGAUGUGGUGUGCGUCAGCGUGAUGAAAUGUAUCUAAAUAAGCAGCAAAGCUGGUCUCAGGCUUCUAUGUUUUCACCUUAAAAUUACUGCAAUUAGUUAUUUUGUCAUUGACUCUGCAGAAAGCAGAAGUGAGCGAAUAAUCUUCUCAAGUCUGCCUUCUGGUUUUCAUAUCAUCCCUGGUAACUUGUUGGGAACUAGUUGAUGCCUGUAACUUCUUUUGUUUCCUACUAGUAAUCUGUCACUGUCAUUGAGGAAUGUUGCAUAA